AUGUUUGUAAAAGAAUAAAAAUAACCUGAUGGUAGCCUAAUUCUCUUUCCAAAAUCAGAACAUAAAUAUUCAUUGAUUUGGAUGCAUGGAUUGGGGGAUACUGCUUAUGGAUUCUUAAGCAUGUUUUAAAAAUAAUAAAUUGUCAACCCAGAAACCAAAGUACUUCUACUGUAAGCACCUAAAAGACGAGUUACUAUAAAUAAAGGCCAUGUUAGUUCGAGUUGGUUUGAUAUUAAGGUACCGGAACCAGAUAUUGAAAAAAAUUCAGAUUUGGAAUAUUUUAAAACUACUGUAUCUAUAGAUGAAAUUGAGGAGUCAAAAAUGAUAAUCAAUAAAUAUUUAAAUGAAGAGGUAGCUAAGGUAUAAGCAAAAAAUGUAUUCAUUGGAGGAUUUUCAUAAGGUUGUUGUAUGGCAUUAGAAGUUGGUUUGAGUUAUUCUUAAAAACUUGGAGGCAUAAUUGGUUUAUCAGGAGAUCUAUUUACUUCGACAAAAUUAUAGGAAAUUUAAGAUCAAACUCCACUUUUGAUUAUUCAUGGAAAGGAUGAUUCAGUGGUUCCCUGUGAUUUUUUAUCACGAAGUCUUGAAAGACUGAAAACACCUAAUCGCAUAAAUUAUAAUCAUAUCAUACUACCAAAUCUAGAACAUGAAGUUAGUUAUAAAUGUGUUUAGUUAAUGAUCCAAUUUUUCUAAAAAAAUCAGAUUUGA